GAGCUCCGUAACGCGACUGCUCACUUGUCAAAUUUCAGGCAGAUCCCACCUAGAUUGGACUCUGAUGCAAAAACACUGCAGCCGAGGUGAUCUGUGGACUGUUGACCCGUCACUGAUGGGAUCUUAUCAACUUGUGUUGCCUCACGUUCCUUAAAGCCUCCAUGGAGCUCAUCCAGGCCACCCAGCUGCCUCUGGAGGCCCCUACACCUACGUGGAGCAACAGCUUCAGUCCCCCUUACUCCCAUUUCCUGCUCACCUCCACUACUUCUGAAUCGCUUCUUGGAUUCAGCCCGAGUGACAGCUCUUUCCUCUUUAACAGCACCUGCCAGAACUGCACCAAACCAGAGCCUGGAUCCCUCCCUGGCUUGGCUGGAGUCUUCAUCCCUCUUAUCUAUGGAAUAGUGUGUGUUGUUGGCCUCAUAGGUAAUACUCUGGUCAUCCAUGUUAUAGUUAACUACACUAAGAAUGAGUCAGUCACCAACAUCUACAUCCUCAACUUAGCCAUUGCAGACGAGCUCUUCAUGCUGGGCCUGCCCUUUUUAGCGGUGCAAAAUGCUCUGCUGUUUUGGCCCUUUGGCUCUCUGAUGUGCCGUGUGGUCAUGACAGUGGACGCCAUCAACCAGUUUACCAGCAUCUUCUGCCUGACCGUGAUGUCAGUGGACCGCUACCUGGCUGUCGUGCACCCCAUCCGCUCCUUCUGGUGGCGGCGCCCCCGUGUAGCCAAGGCCAUCAGUGCCACAGUUUGGGCAGGGUCCUUUGUGGUGGUGCUGCCGGUGGUGGUGUUUGCAGAUGUGCUGAAGGACGAUGGGAACUGCAGCAUCGUGUGGCCUGAGCCAGCAGAAGUGUGGAAGACGUCUUUCAUUGUGUACGCGUGCACUGUGGGCUUCUUCUGCCCCCUGCUGGUCAUCUGUCUGUGCUACCUGCUGAUCGUCAUCAAGGUGCGCAGUGUUGCAAAGCGGGCGCAGGCCACGUCCUCUCGGCGCAGGAGGUCGGAACGUAAAAUCACCAGGAUGGUGGUUGUGGUGGUGGCAGUGUUUGUGUUUUGCUGGCUACCAUUCUACGUUCUGAACAUCGUCAACCUCCUUGUGGUCCUGCCUGGGGACUUCAGGGGGCUCUACUUUUUUGUUGUCGUGCUGUCAUAUGCCAACAGCUGCGCCAACCCCAUACUGUACGGAUUUCUGUCUGACAACUUCAAGAGAGGCUUCAGGAAGGCCCUGUGCGGAGCUUCACGCAGGGUGAAGAACAACGACAGGGCCGGCACUGAGGUACAGCGACCAACAGAGGAGUGGGGCGGCAUUGUGCUCCAGGCACAGAAAAGUGAAGGAGUCAGCAAGGUGCAUAGGAAAGACUGUGGUGAAAAAGAAGAAGAGGAGGAAGUCAAUGGAACAGGAGGGGCCGUACAGAUGAGUGAAAUAUGCAAAACGUCACAAAAUGGAAACCACAGUGGCGUAACAGAGGGCUCAAGGACACAGGUCAUGCAGAGAGAUAAACCUGAUCCAGAGCACUCGAGUCAGAGUGUCAAAUAUGGAGAAGGCGCUGAGAAAGGCCCAGGCUCUGAUCCUGCUGAGGCAGCGUCCCCUGUGGCCAGUAAAUGUAGAAUCAGCAGGUCAAAACCUGACGAAUCCCUGGACAAUAAGUCUGUGCUCGAAAUCAGCUCCUUGUAACAGAUGAUGUGAGUUCAGUGGAUUUUGGUGCCACUUAAAGUAUUUCUCAGACUUUUGAAACAGCUGUGAAUACUACAAACAACUGUGGGUUACAGAUUACCGGCUCAGUGUUCAUGUGAAGUGACUGUUGUCUUAAAGUUGUGGUCGGACCUUUUGCUUGGCUAAUAUUUGCAUUAUGUAACAGUCUGCCAAUAUCAAUGCAAUUGUUUUUGACAUGGUGUGAAAAUGUAAAAAAAAAAGAUAUACCUGACAAAAUCUAAAAUCAGGCACAGUGUCAGCCAUGUUGGAUUGAAACACUGGCUGUAAGUAAUGUGAGGUAGUGUUCAGUUAUUGUUGCAAGCAGACCUGCAGAAACACUUGUAUGGUCAAGACUGAUUUAGAUUUUUUGUUCUUGAUUUCUCACUUGAUUGUGAGACCGUUUUGCCAACUGGUCUGGUCCCUUUAAAGGACAACAAUGGCCACUUUCAAAAUUCAUGUAUGUUUCUACUUUGGUUAAAGACAGUCCAAAAAUAUUUGUAAUCAUAAACAACUCUCGCCCAAAUCCAUAAACUGGAGUGCUAAAACUCAAAUCUGUGAUGGUGGCCAUGCCACCUUAUGCUGCAUCAGAGAUGGACCUUCUCUGGACAAGACCAGAGAGAAAGGCACUUUCUAAAGUCUCCAGUUAGGAACCACUGAUCUAGAUGACACUGAGAGCCCCCAGGGGAAUGUUCUGAGUAUAUUGGUACAUUUUUUUGUUUCAGAGCUGAGAACACUACAAUCGAAUGAAGCUCAUUUGGGUAUAAAAAAGAAAACAAACUUUCUGUGGGUCUACAAAUGGCCUGUGGAGCAGCUCCACACGUUAUACCCCAUGACAUCACAAGUUACUUACUUGAUUUCUGGCUUUGAGAGAGAGUAGCUCAUGUUCACAAAUACUGACUGAACUUUCCAAGGCAAUGGAGAUAACAUGUUGGAAUUCUUAAUUUCAGCUUGUGUUCCCCUUUAAACGGACAAAAGACCAGACUUUACACUAUGACGGUCAUCCCAGGUUAAUGUAACCCUGAUAAAUACUUUAUCUUUUUAAAUAUUAUAUUCUGUAACAAUAUAUAUUUAUUUAUUGCUGUCAUGUUAAAAAGGACUGCCACAAGGACUUCUUUUGAUCAGGAACAUCAUGUUCUGAAAUGGCUAAUGCAUUGUAUGAAUCAUAUCCCAGUGGGACAUAACUAAUGACCCAUUGUGAAAUGAAAAAUGUCAGCUUUGUUUACUUUAUAUUCUUACUAAAACAGCCCACAAAGCUUAAUUGUUGUGUUUUCAAAAACAUUUUACUGUCAGCUGUUUAGUGAUUUUGUCGAACCUUUCUGUAACAUCAGUACUGUGCAUGUGUGUACAUCUAUGGUGUGCAUACGUCCAUGGAGCGGGACAUCAGUGUAACUCUGUCGCUGCAUUUCUUCAAAGCAAUCAAAUCUUUUCCCCAUUUAAAAAGGUCCAGUAUGAAGGAUUUAGUGGCAUUUAGCAGUGAGGAAACUUCUCCCGUGUGCUAUGCGUUUGGGAGAACACCACAGUGGCCAGCAUGAAAACUCAAAUAGCCCUAUAUUGAAUCAGCGCUUGAUCUUUUUGAUCUGGGUGAUCCAAGUGUCCUGAAGCCCCGAGAUAAAAAGUUGUUUGUAAAAACGUCAUUUGAACUCUGUUUUUAGCCUCGUUGUAGCCUGUAGUUACCCUGGAAAUCCAGAGUUCUCGCGAGAGCACAAUUUGAAUUUGCUCAGCGAGUCACUCUGGCAAUCAGUAAUGAUGCUCAUUACCCAUGCCGUUGGAGCCGAGCUGCACCAAUCACAUCGGUGUAUCUGAUAUAGGCGGGCCAGAGGUGAGCUAAACAGAUGACGACAGCGCUGAGACGACGAAGUCCGGAAUCAGUCAGUAAACAUUGCAAGAUGGCUACGGAUGAACACCAGUUGUUUGAAACGGAUUUGGCCGCUACAAUGAACGAGUUAGACUUGGCUUUUUCUCUAAAAGAGGAACAGAAGACAGCGCUCAAAUCUUUCCUUUGCAAGAAGGACGUUUUUGCUGUUUUGCCGACCAGAUACGGCAAGAGUCUAAUCUACUAGUUAGCUCUGCUGGUAGCUAAGCUCUGGAUACGUCACCCCGUGUAUUGUUCUGAUUGGUCGUAGUGUUAUCCAAUUGCGUGCAGUGAUAUUUUCAAAUGCAUGCUUGGUGCCGCCCCUCGA